AUGCCGUCGGUUUCGAAAGCGGUGUCGCGGGGCGGCGGGUCCGGUGGGUCCCCGCAGACCGAGCAGCCGACGCAUUAUACGUAUCUAAAGGAAUUUAGGACAGAGCAGUGCCCCCUAUUUUUGCAGCACAAGUGUGCCCAGCACAGACCAUUUACCUGUUUUCAUUGGCAUUUCCUAAAUCAGCGUCGUCGUAGACCUAUACGAAGGCGUGAUGGGACUUUUAACUACAGUCCAGAUGUUUAUUGUACAAAAUAUGAUGAGACUACAGGAAUCUGCCCAGAUGGAGAUGAUUGCCCUUACCUGCAUCGAACAACAGGGGAUACAGAAAGGAAGUAUCAUCUCAGAUAUUACAAGACUGGAACAUGCAUUCAUGAGACAGAUGCCCGGGGUCACUGUGUGAAGAAUGGAAUUCACUGUGCCUUUGCUCAUGGCCCACAUGACCUUAGGCCACCAGUAUAUGAUAUAAGAGAACUUCAGGCACAGGAAACCUUACAGAAUGGGCAGCUAGGAUGCGGUGAAGGCAUUCCAGAUCUGCAACCAGGAAUUUUAGCAAGCCAGGCAACGAUUGAGAAGAUCCUUAGUGAAGAUCCAAGAUGGCAGGACACAAAUUUUGUAUUAGCUGGCUACAAGACGGAACAAUGUACCAAGCCACCCAGACUUUGCCGCCAGGGUUAUGCAUGUCCGCACUAUCACAAUAGUCGAGAUAGAAGACGAAAUCCCAGAAAAUUCAAAUACAGGUCCACUCCUUGCCCCAGCGUAAAACAUGCAGAUGAAUGGGGUGAACCUUCAAGGUGUGAAAGUGGGGAUAGCUGUCAAUAUUGUCAUUCCCGUACAGAGCAGCAGUUUCAUCCUGAGAUAUAUAAAUCUACAAAGUGCAAUGACAUGCGCCAAACAGGUUACUGCCCACGUGGUCCAUUUUGUGCAUUUGCACAUGUUGAAAGGAUUCCUUCAACAGAGGACACCAUGAAUGUAGUCAUACUGCAAACUGGUUGUCAAUCAAAGCCAGGCGCUCACCUGUUUUCAACAGACAGCAUAGGAAUUGCAAAUGAAUGGAGCAGCAGUCUUAACUCCACAAACAGCAUUACAAAUAGCAGUGGGCAGUCUGGAAAUGCAAAGCAUCGAAGCUUCCCAUCUGAGAAUCAGCAGAAAAUAAAUGAACAAGACAACAAGCAGAACCAUCUCAGUGUUUUUUCAGCUGUUAACCCACUUGCUUCAAGCAUAACUUCCAGUCUGGCCUCCAGUGUUGGAUCAGAUAGUUCAUCUCCUACAACUGUUUCUGCUAUCAGUGCCAAAGCUCUUCCAUUCUAUUCUGGCAGUAACACAGUUGAAUCGGUAAUAGGUUCUGCUUUAGAUUUGCAUCUUAAUGAUGUAAACGUCACAUCCAUAGACAGAGAAUUAGAAGAUCAAGAAGGCAGUGACCUUGGAUUAGCAAGUCAAAGGUUACUGGGAAGUUCAGCACCCGUCAAUAUUCCAGGUUCUCUUGUUCGUUCCUCAUCUUUACGUUCAUCAUCAUCCCUUUCAACCUCUCCACUCAGUUCUCUUUCACAAUCGCUGUCUCAGUCUUUUGUUUCGUCCGCUACGGCUCCUCACCACCAGCAGCCUCAGCCUGUGAAGACAGAACAUAGUAUGUUAGGCACCUCAGCCUCUUCUCACAACUCUUUAGGUUUAAAUGGUGUUACAGGGAGCAUCUGGGACUUUGUAACUGGGAGUUUCUCUCCUAGUCCAUCCCCAGUACUAAGCAGUGGCACUACCCCCUCAAUAAGUUCGAGCACCAGUGGGAAUGAACUAACUCGAGUUAGACAGGAACUUGAUGAUGCCAAGAGAAAACUAAAACAAUGGGAAGAAUCUUGGCAACAAGUAAAACAGGCAUGUGAUGCAUGGCAGAAAGAGGCUCAAGAAGCAAAAGAACGUGCUAACAUCGCAGAUGCGGACAAACAACUCGCUCUUCAGAAGAAGGAGGAAGUGGAAAAUAAAUUAAAAAAGCUGAAGGUGCAAUUAGCUGCUUGUCUAUCUACUACAUUACCUUAUAUGAAAAACCAUGGAGAUAUAGAAAAGAUACCCUUGCCAAAGCUUCGCUCCUUACAAAAUCGGCUGCAUUUAGAUUUAGAAACAAUAGAUGAGGUGAUUUUUCAGCUUCAGUCGAAGAAGUGUAUCGUAUGUCAGGAAGGUGAUCGUAGCAUUAUCCUGAAUCCAUGUCAACAUUAUGUACUUUGUGAUCACUGUGCAGCUGCACAAGAAUGUCCCUGCUGCAAGAAAAAAAAAAAUCUGUGGUAACAUAUAGGCAUAGUACUCAUAUAUCAUGUUCAUGGAUUAAAUAAUUUUAUGGUUUUGUAUUUUGUAUAAGAACUAUAUCACUCAUAAUUAAUCCAUUUAGUAGUGCUAGACUGAUUUCCAUUUUGAUGUGAGAAAGUUAGUUGCUUUAAGAUAGAGAAGAAGGCUUGCUCACCGUUACAUAUCAACUUCAGUCAUUUGAUGAGGUUCUAUAGUCUUGAGGUUCUUUCAUUCUCCCCCAAUCCCAUCGCAGCCUUUUCUGACUUCUACUUACAUUCCUAGUGCACAAGCUACUUAGGUUCAUUUGCACUGUAAUCACUUUGUAUAAAUGCCUGAAUGAAGUGUUUAUACCUGUUAUUAACAGAAGACGGAUACGUAGACAGAGUAACUACACACUCAACAGUACUGAUGGUCCUUUUGCCAUGUCUGUUGUGCGUGGAACACCAGAGCCAGUAUUUUGGAAUCAGUCUAACACUAUGUUUACUUGGAUGUUUGAAAAACUCUGAUUAAUAUAAAAGCACUUUUUAAUGAUUGUGUUUUGUUAGAAGAUACGUUGUAAAUUGCUUCAAGCUGCUUUCUAGGUCUUAUGUUUAUUUUUUAACAUGCAAUAAUAUGACGUGUUAUAUGUGUACUGUGAAUGUAAAAUAUUUCACAUGGUUUUACUGUUAAAUCACAGUAUGAUUAAAUAGAAAUGACAACUUACCUAGGUUUUUUACAAUUUAUAAGUUAACUGCAUACUGUAGUAUUUAUAAAUGUACCAGCGGAGACAAAAACAGUGAGGCACAUAUGCUUUCAUAUUCCAAUACAUGUUUUCAAUUUUGUGAAACAGAUCAGUUUUAGUAAAUGACUGUGCAUUUGCAUAUUUCCCUCAGUUUGGAUGUUUGUAGUCUCAAAGGAUUUGUACAUCUCCUAACCUGUGUGGUACUCAUCGGGAGCAGAUAUGAUCUAUAUAAUAUUACCAAGUGCCUAUGCCCAAUAUCCUAUAAAAUGGCAGAAGACAUAAAAAAAGAAUUUUGCAAAUAAUUUCUAUUGCUUAAUUUUGUAUUGAACCACUUGACAAUAACUAGAAUAUGUCCCUUGCUUUUAUAAAUAUUUAAAAUACUCUUUUUUUCAGGAAUGAAGUAAUUCUUGUUUGAAAGGAACUACAAAAUUAUUUAAGCAUGUAAUCAGGCAAUGGCACUUUGACACAGUGAUUCCUUUAAAAGGUGGUAAUAUCCUUACUUCAUCCUGGUAGUUGGGAACAUGUAAUUCAGGAGAAGUUAAUUAAUUACUGCAUGUUAACACUGUAUAUUUUUACUUUUCUUACAUGGAAUAAUUGCCUGCAUUACUCCUUUUUCUGUUAAAUUCAGGUGUGACACUAGUACAACUUAGAUUGAAAUGACCUACUACUGUGUUACAUGAUUUCUAUCUCCGUAUUACUGUAUUCAGUACAAAAAGUGAGUUCACACAGGCAGCGAAGAGUUAAUCUAUUUGAAGUUCAGUCAUACUAAAACAAAAACCAAGCUGUAUACGAAAGUUAUUAUUGUUGAAAAUAGAGCUUUUUAGAACUGUGUCAGCAUUAAAUAAAAGGCCCAAGCCAAUAAUACUGAAAUCACUAUCUCAUUUGGGUUUUAGCGUUCCUUGUACAAAGGCUUGUGUUAGCAAAGUAUCAUUACGCAUUUUCUGUGAGAACUAAAUGUACAGAUUUGUCCCUGCUUUCCUAAGACAUGUCAAUCUGCAGGAACAUUGGAGACCUUUUGGGAAGGGAGAAGUAGGAUAAAAUAUUAAAUACAUUUCUACUUGCUUCUGUUUCAAAAUUUUGUUUGAAGAUCACUUUAAAGACCAAAGUUGGGUUUAAUAAUGUGAUUUUGUUGACUUUAACACAGUUUCUCUAAAACAUUUGUACUGAGAAAAGUAUAAAAUUGGACUGUAUUUGCAUCUUCAAACACACUUUUCUGCCCUAAAAUAAGAUAUUCCCCUUUUAAAGGCAUAGCCAGCUUUGAACUUUUAAAAAAAGGAACUUGGGUCACCAAGUUUGGCUGUAGGUAUUAAUGUAUUUUUUGCACCUGUGCGGUCUAUGACAAACAGUGAUUUUUGACCCUUAACAGUAUUUUGGACCUAAAGCAAAUUUAGUUACGUCGGGGUUUUGUGGGUUUUUUUAAUAACAUGUAAUUAUAGUUUGAAAUUAUGUUACGUAUUUUUCAAACAAGCAGUUAUUUUGGACACCGGUUUACUGUAUUUAUCUGUUGUGGAACAGUAUUCUGCAACCACUGUGCUCACAAAAACGUUUAGAAAAAUCUUAGUGCAAAUUUUUGCUUUGGUAUUUUAGAAGAAACCAGCUUAGGCCACAUUGUGCUGCCCAUAUGCAGCUGUGUGACAUUUGUUACCCACAAGAUACAGAAGUGUGGUUUUGUGCUGUCUUGUCAAAGUUUAUAGUUCUUCAUGUGAAUUUUAGUGCAUUUGCCUGUGUCCUAAGGCUAUUUUUUGGUCCUCCUUUUUUUUUUUUGGUAGUAACAGGUGAUUUUCCUAAUCUCGCAACACCAACAAAAAAAGAAUGUAAACAUCACUUGCAGUGUGAAUCAUCACAUAGACAUUCAUAGUUUAUAUGUGCUGCAUUUUUAGAGGAAAUGAACUCAUAUGUUUAGUCUGUUGCUUUUUAAAGUUGUAUGUUUGGGUUUUUUAUAAUGAUGAAUCUUGAAAAUAAUGUGUGUCCUAAAGUAAUAUCAGUACUGAAAAUUUUGCAGGUGCUCCCUGUAAGUUUCUUUGGUGCUGACUUACAGACACAUUUCAAAACUAUCAACAAACCAUUUUGUGGAGAAGGAAAAAACACAUACCAAAGAAAGGUACCUAUGCGUGAAAUUCUCAGACUGGGCAGCUUGCUAGAAUUAUAGACGAAUCCUUAGGUAAUCACUUGAACAAUACAUCAUCAUACACAGACGUCACAUGAAAAUAAUAUAGUUGUUCUUCACAAAAUUCUUUUUGUGAGGAAUUACAAGCAAAGUUUUCUGUAUCUUAUUAAAGCAAGUCAACUGCAAAACCAAAUAAAUACGUACUUUUACACCAGUAUUUUAAAAUGGAGGAUAAUAAAAUAUAUGCUGUUGACUAGGGACAACUAUUUGGAAAUAGUCAGAAGUGAAACCUGACCUUUUUAAGCAUUCAUCCUUGUACUAUAUACACUAUCUAGAAAUACACUGGAUACAUUAAAAUUAUAUUUUAGAGAGACUACGGUAAUUUGCUGAAUUCACAAAAUACAUAAAUAGAUUUUCAAGAUUCAUUUUGGUAUUUGACAAGUUCUGUGUUAAUUUAUGUAAGAAUAUAAUUUUUAAUGCGAAUGCCAUUAUGUUGUCACAAUUAUUUUAGCCUGGGGAAUAAUAGAUUAAAAUUGUGAUUUCUCAGGGUCUUUACAGUUAGGAGCUGUAAUUUAACCGGAAGUAUGCUAAUUACAGAUAGAUCCCAAGCUGCAUGUUAUAGGCUUAUUAUUAGUCUUCUUUAAAUAGCAGAUUAUGAAAGACAUACUUGUUUUGUUCUAUAUUGCCAUUCAGAGUAUCCUAGUAUUAAAUAUAGGUAGUAAUACUAUUACUGUCACACUAUGCUUGUGUAACUGUGGUCAUCAUCAGACCCUAAAUAAAUAUGGAAUUUUUACUCAUAUUAAUUUAUGUAAGCUGUUAAUGUUUUGAGUAUACAGACAGAAAUGAUUUUGUGAAUGAAACUUGUUAAUACAAAACAUUAUUUAUAAUGCAUACUCAUUUACUUGUAGUGAACUGUUUAAAAUUGUUAACACUUGUUAAAACUUUUCUACACUAUAGCAUUUAUGCAAUGGUUUACAGAAGUCAUGGA